CGUGAAAGCAGUUCACUCGCGGCAGUUGUUUUGUGAAAAGUCUGCCUCCUCGGCUGGCGUGAGAGCUAAUAGCAUACCGUUCAGCGCGAGCUAGCUGCACGAGCCCUCCGUUUUGUCACAGCACCCUCGUUCAGGCGGACGUCGUCGAGACACGUGUCGGCUGCUCAGCGAUGAAGAUGAGGAAGCGACCAAACAUCCUGCUAACAGGAACGCCUGGUGUUGGAAAGACCACUUUAGGGAAGGAGCUGGCCCAGCGGACGGGGCUGACCUAUGUCAACAUAGGAGACCUGGCCAAGGAAGGUCAACUUUAUGAUGGCUAUGACGAAGAGUACCAGUGCCCGAUUCUGGAUGAGGACGGGGUGGUGGACGAGCUGGAUGAAAAGAUGAUAGAAGGCGGGGUGAUCGUGGACUAUCACGGCUGCGACCUGUUCCCUGAACGCUGGUUCCACAUCGUCUUCGUGCUCCGCACAGACAACACCCAGCUCUACACGCGGCUGGAGAGCAGGGGCUACAUGGGGAAGAAGCUGCAGGACAACGUGCAGUGUGAGAUCUUCCAGACUAUUUACGAGGAGGCCAUGGAGGCCUACAGCGAGGAGAUUGUCCACCAGCUGCCCAGCGACACCCCCGAGGACCUGGAGCGCAACCUGGAGCAGCUGGUUCAGUGGACCGAGCAGUGGAUGAAGGACAACAACUAGAAUGAAACCCUCGCCAGGCUCGGCCCCGCUUGCAGGACUGUCCACUAAAAAUAUUUGGAUGAGAAAAGAACAUUUAAUUGAAGUUAUUUUCCAAUCUGCAUUUAUUUUCAUAUAUUGUUGCCGUCGUGGUGACGUUAUCUCUCUUUUCAGUGGCCCCUCCCGCCGGUCUCUAGUUCAGCAGGGAGUCCACCAGCAACGCUUUCUGACAGCCAGUUGUCUGCUCACCCCCACAUGAUCAUGAACCAUUGCAAACUAGUGUCAUUCAUCACUUUUUUAAAUAAAUAACCACUUGGAAACAGCA